AUGGCAGCUCUCAAUCGACUCUCACAGAGGAUCAUCGAGAACUUCCAGGAAACGACUCGUGAUUUAUCUUUACUCACCGGAUCGAGUCCUUCGACUACACCAUAUGAUCUGAGCGAUGAUAGAGUCAAGGAAAUAUCAAAGCUACUUGACAGUAGGAUCGAAAGGGAGAGAUUGGAAGGAAUGAAAAGAAUUAUAGCCGGUAUAUCAAAAGGAAGAGAUAUGGAAAAUUUCUUUGCUCAAGUAGUUAAGAACGUUGUCAGUCAAAGUAUCGAAAUCAGGAAACUGGUCUACAUUUAUUUGUUAAGAUUUGCUUCGACGAACUCUGAUUUAUUGUUACUAUCGAUAAACACUUUCCAAAAAGACCUUUCUGAUCCUUCACCCCUCAUCCGAUCGAUGUCGUUGAGAGUACUCACUUCGAUAAGAGUACCAGUCAUUCAAGGAAUCGUCAUGCUUGGAUUGAAGAAGUUGGUGACCGACCGGAAUCCAUGGGUCAGAAAGACAGUCGCAGGUGGUUUAGCCAAAGUCUACGAAAUGGACCCAAGUUCACUGUCUCAACUUAUACCUUUACUGCAAACGCUCUUAUCCUCACCAUCACCUUUGACAUUAGGAGCAUCUUUGACUGCUUUCACCGAAAUCUGUCCUGAUCGUCUUGAUCUGUUACACCCAUAUUAUCGACAUAUCAUCAAAUUAUUGGUUGAUGCGGAUGAAUGGGGUCAAUCAGUUGCUUUGGGUGUAUUAACUCGUUACGCAAGAGUAAUGCUUGAACAACCUCCUAAUUCAGGUCCAUCAAACCCGAACAUCAUCCCCAAAGAAGAAAAUGGUCAACCGCAAACGAGAACGGGAACGGGAACAGCAACAACAACAACAAAAACACAAAAUGAAGAAAGUGAAGAUGAAUUUAGUGGAAUAGAUGAAGAUUUAGCAAUGUUUUUGCAUUUCAUUAAACCAUUAUUUCAAUCAUGUAAUUCAGCUGUUAUAUUAGCCACUUCAAACGCAUAUUAUCAUUUAGCACCUUGUUCUCACAAGAUUAUAGGUCAAGAGUUGUUGGUCAAACCUUUAAUCAGAUUAGCUGGUGGUUCAAGUAAUAAUUCGAAAUUAGGUAAAGAAGAAAUUGGUUCUUUAACUUGGGAUAUUUUAGCUUCCAUGGCUGAAGAAAGACCUUGGUUAUUCACUAAAUACCAUUCAUCAUUUUUCGUCCAUACGUCAGAAUCGAUAUUCAUACAAAAAGCAAAAUUACGUGCUUUGGUAGCUGUGACUAACGAUGAUAAUGCCCAAGUAUCCAUAAGGGAAUUCAAGCACUAUGUCAAAUUCCCCGACACAGCUAUCGCGGAAGAAGCUGUGAAAGCUCUGGGACACAUCGUGAGAAAUCAACCUGACGUAGCUGCCACUGGAUUGAGGAGCUUGAUGAGGCUCCUGAAGAGUCAAAGGGAUACAUUAGUAGCGCAAGCUGUAAUCGUAUUAAAAUCAGUCAUUCUUUCAUCAUCAAUCACAUCAAGCUCGACGAUACCUUCUCCUCAAACAUUAGUUGCUAAACUCGCUAAACAGCUAGAUGGAAUAACCAAUCCCAAAGCCAGAGCAUCAGUCUAUUGGCUUGUUGGACAAUUCUCAGCUUGUGAUCCUAAUUCCGAAAGCGAGAAAAAGGGCUUAGGUUGGCAAGGUGUGGAAUUAUGGGUUCCUGAUAUCCUUCGAAAAGGGAUUAAAGGAUUCGUGAAUGAAUCUGAACAAGCAAAAUUACAAAUUUUGACAUUGGCAAGUAAAUUAUUAGUCAUCUCGCCUUCUUCAUCACAAUCGAAUCUAUUCAGUACAUACCUAUUCUCACUAGCUAGAUAUGAUCAAGAUUAUGAUAUUAGAGAUAGAGCAAGGUUUUUGUAUGCCUUGUUGAGAGGUAUCAGAGAUGAGAAAGUUUCCAUCAACAGCGGAGAUGAGCAAAAACAAGAGGAAUCUGAUGAAGGAGGCGAAGAAGAUAGGGGUGGAGUAGUACUAAGGAGAGAACAGAUCAAAGUUGUCAUACUUGGUAAAAGGGAAAUCAACGAUUUGACUGAAAAAGGUCAAAGAAACGAUUUCCAAGUAGGAACAAUGUCGAGGAUUACAGGAAAGAAACUUGGUGGAUACGAAGAAGUACCUGAAUGGACUGAUGAUCCUACUGAUUCGUCGUUGAGGGAUUCAGAGUACGAAAGCGUUCAACCGCCAACACCACUCUCAGUACCUACACCGACAUAUCCUAUCCCUCCUAUGUCCACUUCGAUAUCUCGCCAAACCGCUUCUCCAAAUGGUUCAUCACCUGUCGGAUCAUAUCCUCAGCCUAAUGCCGGGAUCGCUCCGUCUGGAGUAGGUACUGCGAAUGCAAGUGCACCCAAGGGUAAAUUUAGAGAUUUAGAUGCUUUCUUGAAUAGUGAGAGUGAAAGUGAAGAAGAGGAAGAAGAAGAAGACGAAAGUGAUAGUGAUCAUCAAGUGCAUGCUCCAAUGGCAGUAACGGCUCCUCCUAGAAGUGCUAUUGUUCCCGAGUACGAUGAAAGUACUUCAGAAUCAGAAGACGAUAGUAGUGAGAAUGACAAUGAAAGUGAUAGCGAGGAUGAUGAAAAAGCCGCUUUGUAUCGAUGA